CAAUGACGAUUACACUCUUCCACCUCGAAUUCCAAUUCGGUCACCCCUCAAACCGAUUUUCAAAUUUGACAUUCUUAGAUUUGUUUACAUAGCGGUUAUCGCAGCAGCUCGCAGCACAUUUUAUGAUUUUAAGAAAAAAAAAUCUUCAAUUAAAUUUAACCCUUAGUGUGUUCACCAAAAAUGUCCACCGACAGUAACGCACUGUCCGCCCUGUUCGACGACCAGGUCCCAAGCAAAGACAAACACUACGAGUUCGGAUUUGCGCUGCCCUCGCCGACACCUUCCAGCGUGGUUCAACCCAUGGACGUGGACAGUUCCGGAGGGCCACUGCAGCUGCUGCAGAGUCCAAUCAAGCAAGAACCCACCACAGUCCCGGAAUAUCCCGGCGAAAAACGGCAACGCCUCAACGAUGGCCAGGUCAAACGAAAGAUACGCAAGUUGGCGGCGGAGGAGAGUCGUAAUCAGAAUCACCAGGGUGGUGGCGUAAUUGUUGGGGAGAGCCGGUUCCGACAGCUGAUCGGAUUGCGGCUGUUGCUGGUUUGCUCGAGUGCCGUCGUGAUGGCCGUUUGCGUUGGUCUGCUGACGGACGAUAACGUGAGGAAAGAUUUCUACAAACGUUACAAGCGACAGUACGAGCUGUUGCUGUACGGUGCUGAGGAUUACUGCAGCCGGCAGUUGGACUUUUACGUGACCCGAGCGUUGGAUGCCCAGCUGGUUGGACAACGGGACGCGAUUGAGCAUGUGUCGCGGGUCUUUUACGAUAACCGGCACCAGUUGUACUCUUCGUUAGCCCUUGUUGGUUCGGUCGGAGUUGGGAAAAGCCUGAUGGCCACCAUAAUCGCCGAGAACUUCCAGUGGAGGCCAAACGUACACCGGUUCACCCUGUCUGUUAGUCCAAAUCCGGAUCAACAGUACGCCCGCUUUCAGCAGUUUGUUCAAUCGCUAAGAAGCGCACCGCUGGAACCCAAGUGUGGUCACAACCUGCUGAUCAUCGAUGGGCUCGGCUCGGAAGACAUCGCCACGGUCAACAAAAUGGACCAACGGAUGUCAUUUGUCGCGACCAAGGACACGAUGCCUACGACGGCCAUAUUCGUCUUUCAAGGAACGGCCUUCGACGAAAUCGACGGAAAUUUUGGCGUCCUGAACGGAACCAUCGAGCGGGUUCGGUUGAGGCAACUGGAUGAAGGUGAUCUGGAGCGGUGCGUGCACCAGGAGGCGGCCUCACUGGGCUACAACGUGAAGGAGAACCCGCGACUGCUGCGCACCGUGAUGGACAGCAUGGACGUGAACCGGUACGGAUGUAAGGCCGUGCUGGCCAAGCUUGGCUUCUACUGGCAGCAGGGGUUGGGAAGCACGGGAGAGUGAUAUUGUGAUUAUAGGAAAUAACUAACGAUUGUGAUUGUCUUGCUCACUGUAAAUUUAUUGUCAAUUUUAGCGAGGGUAGAAUCUCAAAGUAAUAAAAAAAACUAUUUAGGUGCAAAC